AUGGCGCUAUCGGCAGUGACCGUGAGCCCUCUGGAAUCUGCACUCUGUACCAGAAAUGAAUCCCUGAAUCACACAACCUGGUCAUCAGAGCAAGCGACUCAGCCCCCAGUAGAAUCACGAGAACAGCACCGUUCUAUCUACAUUUCCCUGCUCAUUUGCAUACUGGGAGUAAUGGGGAAUGGACUUUUGAUGUUGUUUCUCAUCUUCUAUGUAAAGAGGAAGCCAUUCACUGUCUACAUCCUACACCUCGUCAUCGCUGACUUCAUGGUCCUCUGCACAUCUGUCCUCCAGCUGAUAAUCUUGCUUUGUGAUCGCCUCAACAAUGACACCUUACUGAAAUACAGCAUCUUCCUGAUACUUUUUGGCUACAACACAGGUCUGCACCUUCUCACCGUCAUCAGUGUGGAGCGGUGUCUCUCUGCUUACCCAAGCUGGUACCAGUGCCAACUCCCAAAGCACCAAUCUGCUGUAGCCUGCACUCUGCUGUGGGCACUUUUUCUUCUUGUGUUUGGAUUAGAAAACUUCUGCAUCCAGGUAGAUAAGUUUGGAUUCCCAAAACGUCCAUACGUGUAUAAAUUUUUAGGUAUCUUGGCAUUCCUUGUCUUUGUUCCUCUCAUGAUCUUCGCCAGUUUGAGGCUCCUCAUCCAAGUCUGCUGUAACCUGAAGCCACGCCAACCUGCCAAGCUCUACAUAAUCAUCAUAGCUACUGUGGUCUUGUUUCUUGUCUUUGCCAUGCCCAUAAAGGUCCUGCGCAUCAUAGCCUUUUUUAAUCCUAGUAACAACUUGGUGUGGAAAUUAUAUCCUUAUUUGAAUAUUUUGUCCACUAUCAAUUGCAGUGUCAAUCCAAUUGUCUAUUUUGUGGUAGGUCGUAUCAGGAGAAAGAAAAGUAGAAAGUCCCUAAGGGAAGCACCAAAGGUCUUGGAAGAAAAACCAGUGGCAGGCUUGGGUGAGAACGUUGCACAGCCUUCCUCACCCUCAACGGCCUUCAGCUAG